AUCACAUCCCUGAGCAUAUAUGGCGUCCUCUCACACCGAACCGCGAAUUUAAUGUGCAGCGAAUCGAGGCAGCCACCCCCGCCUCCUCUCUUUUUUUUUUUAUCUUCUUCUUUUUUUAUUUUUUUUAUUUAAUCAUUAUUUAUUUAAUUAAUUUGCAGCCACCAUCUCCCGGUCGGUGUGCUGCAGAGGGAAUGAUGCGGGCAGCGUGCGUCGCCGCUUCAUAGGUAGCGUCUUUCUCCUUUUUUUUUUCUUUUCUCGAGAUCAAGACGACGAAUGCGGGUUCAUCCCAACCCGCUGCUGCAAACACCACAGCGGAUUGCCUGAUUUUAUUUAUUUAUUUGUUUAUUUUUAAUUCCAGGCGCAUCCGCAGCUUUUCUGCGUGGUGCAAGGUGUCUUUGAACCUGAGAAGGAGAAGGAUCUCCGGGAGAAAUCAGAGGAAGGCUCUGUUUUGACUCACGUAUGUUGAGAUGAUGUCACCAGAGGCUGUCUUCCUGGAAGGGCGUACCUGUGGUACAAGUGCACCUAUGUUUCAUUAUCCAAUCAUCCUGAGGCUUAAGAGGAGCGGAUGUUCUGCACUUCUUCGCCUGAAUAUUAGCCAGUAACGGUACUCUGAGCCCUCCUGAGUGUACUCUCUGAGCUUUUUCUGAGAAGAACUCUUUGUAAUUGUUGCUUCCUUGUUCUCAGUUUUUUUUCCUCGUGACACCGUGUAUUCUCCUUGAGAAGACCUCGUUCUGGCUUUCGGGCUUUCCCCUCCUUGUGACACCGUGGAUUAUUACCCACUGGUUGCCCGAGUCCCAUCUUCACCUCCUCCGUUCGAUCACAAACUGCUCCUGGAUUCCCCAGCUGGCAGUCGGACAGCUCCUCUGUCUUCCUCCACGCCUGUACCUACCUGUCUGCCCUCUUCAGCAGCCUCCACCUUUCCACACGGAACCUCCCCAAUCAAGCCAUCCUCUGGAACCCUGAUUACCUUCUAGACCCACACAAAGGAAUCAUAACCCCGAGGUGUACAUGUGUUGGACAAGCGUCUGCUGAAGGGUGGUUCCCAUCAGGUAGUGCUGCCUCUCUUUCCCUGUAGUAUCGGGUGUGGACGAUGAUGAGGAUGUUCCUGAAUAGAUACAGACAGACCGAGCAUCGUCCUCGACGCAGUCUCAAACAGACGAAACUUUCCAGAAGCCGGAGAAUUAUUAUCAAUUCAGACGACGCUCUGAGAGGCAGCGUUCAUCUUCCUCUUCUGACAACGAACGUAAGAGAGAAGAAAGUAUCCCUAGGAAGACCUGCUGAGUCAAGACCAGUCAAACCUCGUUAGGUCAUCAAGGAUGUGUUUCAUUCUUCUAAAGUUCAAAGAAGCAUCUCUCACUGCGGACCAUCCGAUUUAUUGAAAGAGCACAGAUUCAUAAAGGGCUUUGUGUGGAUCUCAGCAUGCUGCCAACAGGACAGAGCAAGCCAUCUGGAACUUUUCACAAAAUCCUUCGACCGCUUCUGUUCAGUAUUUUUAUUCUCGGAUGUUUUGUGACUGCCUUCUUGAUGUAUUUUAAGCCAUCCACCAGCUGGUUAAAUGGUCCAUUAGAGUCAUCUGAUUCCUCAAAUCAUGUCAAGCAUGUCUUUGCAAAGAGUGACAAAAACAUGACUACAGUUCUUGUUUGGCUGUGGCCCUUUGGACAAACCUAUGAAAUGAACAUCUGCAGCUCUGACUUCAACAUCGAGGGCUGCUUCAUCACAGCGGAUAAAAACUUCUACAACAAAUCGGACGGGGUCGUCAUCCAUCACAGAGACAUUGCUGGGGACCUGUCCAACUUGCCGACAUCCCAGCGUCCCCCGUUCCAGAAAUGGAUCUGGAUGAACUUGGAGUCGCCGUCGCAUUCAGCCCAGCUUCCUGGGAUUAAUAACUUGUUCAAUCUGACUCUCAAUUACCGUCAGGAUUCUGACAUCCAAGUGCCUUAUGGGUCUAUUGUAGCAGCAGAUACUGUGGAGGACUUUGUACCACCAAGCAAAAGCAAACUGGUCUGCUGGAUCGUCAGCAACUGGAAUCCAGAACAUGUACGAGUGAAAUAUUACAACGAGUUGUACAAACACAUUGAAGUUCAUGCGUAUGGACAUGCAUUUGGGGAGUACGUCGCUGACAAAGAUUACAUCCCUACUAUGGCCAGUUGUAAGUUUUAUUUGUCCUUUGAGAACUCAAUCCACAAGGACUACAUCACUGAAAAACUAUACAUCCCCCUCUCUCUGGGCACAGUGCCAGUGGUUCUUGGCACAACCAGAGAAAACUAUGAGAACUUUGUGCAAGGAGAUGCUUUUAUCCAUGUGGAUGAUUUCAGCUCACCCAAAGAGCUGGCUGACUAUCUGCUUCUUCUGGACAAGAACGAAGAACUGUACCUUGGGUACUUUAAAUGGAGACGGCACUUUAAAGUAAACAGAGCCCAUUUCUGGGCAGAGCACACAUGUAAGGCCUGUGAUUACCUGAGACAACACAAAGAAUACAGGGCAUUCAAUAACCUUAACAAGUGGUACUGGGGCUGAUGGUGCGUAGAUGGACUAUGCAGCACUCAUCACCUCUAUAAGGUGGGACUCAGCACACAGAAAAAAAACAUUUACUUGGUGAAACAAACAUUAAGUUAAAAAUUUAGAUGUAAUAUUUAAUUCAGGCCUUUUUGAAAUACCAUCUCAUUUGUGAUUGUGAAGAUGUCACCUAUGCAGAGCACUGAAAUCAAAUGUGAAGGUAGUUUAACACUGUCGUGCAUAAUUUUGGAAAUCUGUAGGUGUCUUUAAACAUUCUUUGACGUUUACAUUUGCACUGCAGAUCUAAAAGAUGCUUCUCUUUACAUUUUGUGAAGAAUGAUCAAUGAUCGUAGUAGUAAUUACUUUCAGCGGGCAUGUCAUUAAGAGCUUGGUUUCUGUAGUUGGUACCCAGAAAAAAAUGAUGUGAAUUGGAUUUUAUUUAGAAGGUUCCCUUGCAGCCUGAACAACCAUAAUUUUCAGCAUUGUCCAAGUCUUGACAUGAAUGAAAAAAAUAAGUAAGUAGUAUGGAGACUAUCUUACCUUCCUCUCUUCCUACCUUCUUUUUUCUGUUUAACUUUUUGUUUCAUUCUAUCCUUCAACACUUCCGUGUUUACGUAAAUCUUUUUUUUUGACUUCUUGUAUUCUAAGUCCUCCUUUUCUUUCCGUUUUCCCUUCACUCUUCCAUCUCUUUUGUACUUCCUUCAUUUUCUGUGAUCUUCCCUCUGCCCCUCUUCCGCCCUUCCCUUUUCCUUUCUUCCUAACUGAGGCUCAGUUUCCAUGGCCUUCUGACUAUUUCCUAUUAUGUUUAAAUCCAAAUACCCAACAGCAAAGAAAAGAUACAGCUCUAAGGGGUUACAGAAGGAAAUGAACAAAAUUUUGCGGUAAAUCCUUUGAACAUUAAGUCACUACACUCAGGAAUCAUUUCAUCCCUGUUAAACUGGUAACAACAACCAAACACACAAAUCUUACUCCUCUGAAAAAACACCAAUGUUUUGGUGUGUUUUCACACCAAAAGGUCAACAUUUAUCAGGACCUAAACGCAUACUGAUUACUUUCCAAACUAAAUGUGACAAAUUCUGAGACAGCUGUCUAAACGCCUUUUUAAUGGCAUCACCAAAUUAAUCACAGAACUGAUGAUGUCACGACAACAUGAACCAACAUUUGUGUUUGUUUUGUCUAUUUUUAAAGAAAAUGAUGUCCCAUCAGCUUAUCCCUGUGAUUAUGAACAUCUUUGUUAGCCUCUUUGUCAGCCAGUUUUGUCACAGCCGAUAUAAAUCAGGCUGCUUUCGGUAACAACUAGGCCAAAGCUAUUAUAACUCCAGGAAAUGCAAAGCCUAUGAGAUGGCAUGACUAAACUUUUGUAAAAAAAACAAAAGACAGUCUUUAACCCGCCUGGACCUCUUCAAAACCAAAUAAUGUGUUAACGCUAAAAGUCAAGACUAAUUCGUAGUCCAGCAGUAUGUCAAGUUAUGAAAAGCCUAAAUUCUCUAAACUAAUUUCAGUUCAGGUAAGGGACUUCUUUUUUGCAAUAUAAACUAACUUUUGAAUUAAAAAUACACUCUAAAAAGAUCGGCUGCAACAUUCACCUCACUGUAGCUAACAUCUCAGCUUACAGCUGCAGAUAGUCAAUCCGUUCCAAAGGAGCCUCCAACUACUCGAUACUGAAGAGCAUAAAGUCUCAGUGCUGAAUAAACGUCCGUAUACACUGAGCAGAAAGUGUCACCUUUUUAAAUGUAUUUAUUUUUUACAAACCCCACCAACUUGAAAUAAUUACAUGACUGGUUGAUUUUACUAUUUGUAACCGCUCACAGGUGACUAGCAUUGGAAUAGUCCUCUGGAUUUUCUCGAGGGUUCGACCAAUCACAAAGCUGUUGAGGUCCUUUUAUCUACCUAGCAACAGAGUCGGAUGACUUCUGACUUCUCGCUGCUUUCAAAUAAACCUGGAAAUUUUGACCCUUACCCUAAGUUGCUCUUACUCUUAACAACAUUUAAAUUGCAAAAUAAUCCACUUAUGAAUGCAGGAUUUUAUUUCUGAUGAUCAGAUGUUCUUUACAAAGUGUCCAUUUAUUUUUAUUUCAAUAAUUUAUUAGGCCCUUUGAGAGACCUUAGAGGGUCCUGGUGGGUCGUCUGUUGUAAUGAUAUCUAUUGUGGAUUAUGAUGCACCUGCUCUGUUAUCUCAUAGAGCAGGUGCAGAAGAUGAAA